CAGCUCUAAAGGCAGCCCCGGGACCCACGAGUGCCUGUCGGCAGUGUGAGAAGCCCAGGCGUGUUGGGCAAUCGUGGUUUCCUCUCUCCUGGCCUGAAGGAUUCAGCCAGGCCAGCCGGACCCCAAGCAUCUUGGGGCCUCAUCCACUCAGGCAUGGAAGAGACAGUUGCAAGGCCCUCAGUGUUCGUGGUGGAUGGACAGACAGACAUCCCCUUCAGGAGGCUGGGGCACAGCCGCAGGAGACAGCCCUGCAGUGCUGCCCAGCUGGGCCUGGGCUUCAUGCUGCUGUUGUUGGUGGCUGGACUGGCUGUCCAGGGCUGGUUCCUGCUGCAGCUGCACUGGCGCCUAGAGGAGAUGGGUGCCCCUCUGCAGGACAAAAGCGAGAAGCACUGGGAGGAGCUGCUGCAAGAGCAGAAGCCCAAGCAAGACAAACCAGCAGCACACCUCACAGGGGCCGACUUCAGCUUGACCGGCAGGGAAGGCCCGCUGCGGUGGGAGACGAAACUGGGCCUGGCCUUCUUGAGGGGCCUUAGCUACCGGGAUGGGGCCCUGGUGGUUGCCCAGGCCGGCUACUACUACAUCUACUCCAAGGUGCAGCUGGGUGGUAUGGGCUGCUCUCAGGGAUUGACCGGCUGCCUGCCCAUCACCCACGGGCUCUACAAGCGCACCGCCAGCUACCCCGAGGAGGUGGAGCUGCUGGUCAACCGGCGGUCACGGUGCGGGAGAGCAGAAGGCUCCCAGGUGUGGUGGGACAGCAGCUUCCUGAGCGGAGUGGUCCACCUGGACGUGGGGGACGAGGUGGUGGUACGCAUGCCCGGCGAGCGCGUGAUCCAAGUCCAUGACGGCACACGCUCCUACUUCGGGGCCUUCAUGGUGUGAAGGACGUGGUCGAGGCUAACCUAACGUGCGUCUCCGACAAGUAAGAGACCUCAGAGGAUGCCUCUGGACACAGAAGAACACGAGCGGAGGUUUUUAGAGCAGGCCUGGGGGACACCCCAACUUGACAGGUGGAGAGCUCAGUGGGAACCAGCGAGGCCGAGAACCCAGCUGCCCCAGGAACCAGCAGGCACCUCUGAAGGACCAAAAGAGACUGCAGGCCCUGCCGUGGACAGCACUGAGGGGGUCUGUUAGCCCCCAGGCAGGGGCUAAAGCUGGUCUUGAUAUUCAGGGAGGGGUGAGGGGUGGCUAUUUAUACUUCUGACUCAGAUCAAAGGGACAUGGUGAUGGUGAUGGUGGUUGGCUAAGACAGGAAACUGUAUUUAUACUUUUGAUUCAGAUUAAAGUGGGACAUGGGGGUCCGGGGAGUUGA